AUGAGCGAAGGGCCCUACAUAAGCGACGCUGAAUUGGCAGAAGCAGAGGCUAGGUUGGCAGAAGCAAAGGCCACACUGGAAGAAGCACAAUUGCUGUUAAUAGACGAUCUCGUAGGGUACUUGACUCGGAGAUUUUGGCUAGAAGAGCGAGAACACGCAUCUCGAGAACGAUUAAACCGUGACAGUCGAACUCCGCGGCAACUUGGUGCUCCAGAUAGAGGAACACGGCUGGAAGCUCGAUGGGCGCAUAGCAAUCUCAUUACCACGAUCGCAGGAGGAUUCGGGUGCAAUCAGCGCAGCCUCUCCAUAGCGAGCUUACCAGCACUUGGGGAUCCUGGAUCAGAUACAUCAUCGUCAAAGACAUCAGAAAAAGCUUCUCGUCUUGGAAGUCUGUUUUCCGGUGGCGAUCCUAAAUCCAUCGAACGACCAACUCCAGCUGGACGUUACCUGGAUCAAUCAAUUUAUACAGCCCAAUUCGAUAUGCCGACCAAGAUCGAGAAUCGCCCAGCUUGGGCAGCACCCCAGGCAGCACCAUACAAAUCCAUCAAGAAGGCACUCAAACCAUCGCGGAAUCAGACGCCUUCUCGAGUUACUCUGCGUACUGCUAAGCCAAAGCCUGGAGAAUCUAGCAAAACUGCCACUACAAUUCGCAUCGCUGUUGAUGACCCGAUGACUGUCAGUCUGCGGAAGCAUGCCACGAAGCAUCCCAACGCUUUAUCUGGCCCUCGUAGAGUCUUGACCCCUGUAACAAUAAGACACCCCAAUACAGUUUCACCUCGCGCUCACAGAGUCUUGACGCCAAUAACAAUCAACCAGCCCAGUACUCGCAGGCAAACAAAAACUUUGUCCGAAGAUUCUGACGGUGGACAAAUUGAUGAAUUGGAAAGGAAAUCCUUGUCCAAUAACGCCGGCGACGAAAACCUAGAAGACAGGAUCCGGUCAGCUUUGAGCACACCUCUAAUUAUUGGCAAGACAAACACACCAGGAAGCAUUAAGUCCGUCAGAUGGGAUCCUGCAAUCAUAUCCUGCGGUCCCAGCUCACCAGUUCCAACUGCCAAGGUCGAGAGUAGUAGAUUGGCCCAGUCACAACCACAAUCACAACCUGUUUUAUUGCCUCCUGAUCGUAGAGAUGUAUCUAAAGAUUUCAUCCUGGAAAGCCUAGCACGAUUGAAGAAACGAGACAAAGAUACUCUUCGGAAGAUUAUUGAGAAGCUCAAGGAGAUAGAUAGUUCGGAUGAGCUCAAUGACGAGCCCGACUCAGCGGAAGAAGAUAGCGGGCCUGCAUCAGACUACAACCUGGCGCCAGUUGCUGAAGCUAUGCCUGGUCGAAGAUACGCUACGCUUAAAGCUCAACAGGCCCAGCAGAAAGCACGCGCAAAUCUAGGGAGGGCAACACUUACAGUUCCAAGAAGACGCCCUCAUGCUCAAGUGGAUAACGCUUUUCCACAGAGAAAUCCACAAGAACCUACUUGGGUUAACAUCUUCAAUCCGCCACCACAUUCAGCAUUGCCCCAUGAUUUUCCUGCUUUCCCAGAACCUGCUCCAAAUAUUUUGCCGCCAAGUUUCACACAGCCACCCCCAGAGUAUCAUCCAACUCUUCGAUUGCCACCUGAACCAUCCAACAAUUUCUGGAAUGAGGGCAUCACGGGUCACCAGAUGCCGCUUCCCAAUAGGUUGCCAAAUGGACCGUUCGCUCUUCCGGCCCAUCUAAUGGAUCCCCCUCAGCCUGUAUGGCCCCCAAUGCCAACCCCCCCAUCAUGUAGUAUGGAGAAUCUUCCGCAGUUUGGGUAUUGGGUCAAUCCAUUUGGUUUUCAGACUCAGCAGUCCCCGUUUCAACCUCCCCCUAAUUCAGCCACAAGCCGCGCUCCUCCAACCAUCUCUCGUCGUCAAUUCAAACCCAAGGGUGGCAGAGGUCCCUUAAUUGACGUUGGGCCAGAGUUCUUACCUUCUGAAGAAGGAUCGGGCCGCGAGGCUCGUGCUAUUGAGGCAGGUUGGGCCAAGUCCUUGUUGGCCAAAUUUCAAGAGAAAUACCCACGGACUGGAAAAGUCAAGGAAGGACCCUCGGUUCCAGGCAAGAUGCGUGAAGCUGCAGCAAUUCAGCAGCGUCUUGAGUUCAUACUAUACCAUGAGAAGGAGAGAAGUGCUGAACAGCGCUCAAGUGGUGGAGAAUCUUCAUGCUACGAGGUUGUAACGGGUGACAAGAUUGCUUUAUCGGACAAUGAAAAACCGGUCAAGGACAAGGAUAAUGUUUCGAGCGAAGAAUAUGUGUUUGUGCGUGACGGGAGAAAACCUAUGGCACAGUAUGCGACAGGCAUUCGGAAGGAAGACCCAGAAAAUGGCCUAGAUGAGUCGUCGGAUUCUUUCAGCCUUGAUCCUGAGCUUUCGUGUGCACCAUCGCCAUUGAACCUUCUUACAAUGGCGACUCCCGGAAAGCACCUCGUGGCGACUCCUCCAGUCUCAACGCCCUUCUCUAACCACCCCUCACAUCCCCGCUCCGUCGUUCCUUCCCCACAAACAGUCAAGAAAUCACCCGCGAACCCCAACUUUUACAGCUACGGCGUUGGUGUUGGGUAUGAUAGCCCAAGCGUAGCCAUGGCAUUAGGCGGGCUAGGACUGGAAGGGAUGGGGAUAGGAAUGGGGAGCGGCAGAGCAGACGAAGACGAACGGCGGCGCAGACUUGGUACCGUGAUGGAGAUACUACAAGACAACAAAGGCCGCCUGAGCGAAGCCGGUAUGGAGAGACUGGCGCGGCGCGUUGGGUUUGAAUGUCUCUGGGAAACGCACAUGGGCAACGGCGGAGGGAGGACCCUGAUCAUCGCCGGCUCAGCCCUAGCUCUCGACAUCGAUUUCACAAACAACGCGGUUAAGAAAGUGGCGCUGUCGUUUCCGGAGUCUUCGGAAGCUGUUACGAGGCAUUCGGAAAAGGCGGGCGAUAUAUUGUUGCGGGAUCUGCAGUUUGGGCCGGGGGAGAGCCCGUUGACGAAGAUGCUGGAUCGGUUUGCGGGGAAUCUGGAGAGGUUGGCGCAGCUGGAUAAGUUGAGUGUUAUACCGGGGUUGAAUUGUCAUGAGGCGAUUGCUGGGAUUUAUGAGAGUUUGGAGAGGUUGCAUGUUUGGGAGGUAGAGAGGUUGAAGGAACAGGCGGAUAUGGCUGGGAAGGAUAGUGCCUUUCUUGAGAGGACGGCUUUGUGCACGAAGAGUGGGAAGCCGGCUAUGCAUACGAGAGAUAGACUUGGACUGAGUAUCGAUUAUUGGCAAGAUAAACGGCAAGUCGCAGGGAAGGCGCCCAAGCUGGAACAACAGAAGACUUGGUCACUCUUGGUUGAGUGUGCUCCUUUGCCUGCUAUGGUGUUUCCGCCGCUACGAGUAUCGCAGAAUUGGAUAUCUACAGACAUUCAGAAGGUCAAUCCUCCUGUCGAAGACGCCAUGUUUCUCGACGGACCCAUAUUAGAUUGGUUGGAGCCUGACAAUACCCUGCUUCCGUCUUCAGUGUCCGCCAAGCCGGAUGCAAUGGAGGGUAUUGAACAAGCUUCGAACCAGAAGGUCCCAGAAGUCAUGUUUGUCGCCAAGUUUGAUCCUCCUUUGAUUGUGCCAAUGGGGCUUGCAAUGCAAAUCUACGACUCUACAAGCGCAGCUUUAGAUAUGUCUCAAUUGAGUACAUUCGAUGGCCUCCUGUUUCCUCAUGGGCCAAAUGAACCUACCGAGCCGUCGGAAGCACGAACUAUCAAAACAGAGACUGAUAUCCCAGUAUUUGAUAAGAACGGAGAAAAAUCUACACAGACUCAUACGAAUACUCUAUUGAUUGAUAAGAUCGAUUAUGGGCGAAAUCUAACAGAUCUUCCCUUUUCUCAUCCGAGGCAACUGGUUGAGAUGUUACCUGCGCUUCGACAAUAUGCGUUCCUUUCGACCGUUCUUCAGAAGACAUUCGGACCGAAUUCGAAAUCUCCCUCGAAAGAAAAAAGUCCUACGAAAAGUAAGAAAGACGAGUUUGCGGAUUUCAUGGCUCGGAUAUCGACUCCAAAUAGAAGCUUUCGGAUGGAUGUCCAUCUAACAACCCAGCCUCUUCUGAAACUACGGCUUGCUUUCCCGUUCAAGAGGAGAGUAGCAGAUGUGACUUUUGAGAUAAAGCUUAACGGGGUCGUGGAGGUAGCAUCGCAGAAUUUGUUCAAUGAGGACAAGAAUCCGGGCGAGGCGAAUGGGCUGAAAGCUGCUGAUUUAGGGAGGAUGUUGGAGAUUACAGAAGACUUGGGAAUCUGGGCUGAAUUUGUGAAAAGGCGUUUGGAAGGAUAA